AUGUCACGAAAUGCGAAGGCAAACUGCAGUGGCCGAAAGACACAAAUUAACUGGACAUCAUACAUGGAUGAAUGUAUGACAAGCGCCUUAGUUGAAGAAGUAUCGCAGGGAAAAAAAUCUGACAAUGCUUUUCAAGAAGCUAGUGUGAAUAAAGUAGCAAAAAUUGUGAUAGACACAUUUUCUGUGCAAGUGGAUAAAGAAAAGUGCAAGAAUCGGUUACGAACACUUAAAAAGAAAUAUAACUUGGUAAAGUUUGCACUUAGCAAAAGUGGCUUCAGUUGGGAUGAAGAAAGGAAAUGUGUUACUGUAGAACCAGACGUUUGGAAUGAAUUCAUCAAGGCAAAACUUGAAGCUCUUCAUUUCAGAAACAAGCCAUUCCCACUGCUAGCUCAGUUUGAUAUUGUAUGUGGGGACGAUUCUACUACCGGGAACGCAGCACGAACUACAGCCAAUCUUGAGGAAGAAAUCCUCCAUUCAUCUCGUUACAUGGAUGACAUCCCAUUGUCCUCAUAA